UAAGGAACGGCAGCUGUGUGUGAUGCUGUUGUUCCGCUGUUUUCUCAUUGCUAUAAUGGUCAUGAGUCUGGCAAUUUUUGACUUUGUUGGAUCCUCAUUUUCACAUUUGGGCUCCCUUUUUACAUAUGGGCAGGUGCAAGAGAAUUCUAACUCAACAACGACCAUUGCAACCACCACAACAACAACUACCACAACAACCACCUCCAGCACGACGACAACCACUACUACCACACGUGUCAAAAAAUUUAUAGUAGCCGCUGUCCACUCUCACUUCGAUGACUGCCCGGACUCCCACAGCCACUUCUGUUUUCAUGGCACAUGCCGCUUUCUCAUACUGGAGGAAACACCUGCAUGCGUAUGUCAUCCUGGCUUUGUAGGUAUGCGAUGCGAACAUGCAGAUCUCUUGGCUGUGGUGGCGUCUAACCACAGGCAGCAGACCGUGGCCACCAUGCUGGUGUUGUGUGUAGUGGGCAGUGUUCUACUCAUGCUGCUCUGCACUUUACUAAAUUGUUGGUGGAGACGGGGUGGUUGUGGGCGAGGUAACACCAUUUCGUGUUGGUCGGAGAAGCCUAGGAGUAUUUUGACGGGUGGGACAUCCUGCUGUCACUCAGAAACAGGUAUUCUGGUGCUACAUUUCCAUUUUUACACAGCUUUUUGCUGA